ACCAAAACAAGAACACCAGGCCCCCUCUCUUUAUUUCUUAUUUUUUACCCCCUCCUUCCUUUUCUGUGAGGGGGAGAGGGAAGCAGUCUCAUCGCACUGUGGUGGCUGGGUUUGGCUCUUUGUCAGUGCAGGGAGGGGGGCGGCAGGCAGGCAGCGUGAAUGCAUAUCAUGACCACAAUAGAGCAAACGAGCACAGUUCAGCCAUGAAAGCCCAGCGGGAGAGGCUGAGAAUUCCAGGGCUGACGCUAGACCUCACUCCUCGAAGCUUGAGCCCCACUCCCACUAGCCCCUGCAGCCCGUGCAGCCCUCUGCACGCCUUUCAUUUCUGGAGCUGCAGAACGAGCAAUAGAAAAAGCCUGAUAGGAAGCGGCCAGUCUUCAGGUUUACCUCGACCCCACUCGCCUCUGUCCUCUCUCACAGGUAAGACCCCCCAGGACAGUCCUCGUAACUUCUCUCCCAGUGCCUCUGCUCAUUUCUCUUUUGCGCGAAGGACUGAUGGGCGCCGCUGGUCGUUGGCCUCUCUUCCCUCCUCUGGAUAUGGAACCAACACGCCGAGCUCCACGGUCUCUUCAUCCUGUUCAUCACAGGAGAAGCUGCACCAGCUGCCCUUCCAGCCCACGCCGGACGAGCUGCACUUCCUCUCCAAGCACUUCUGCACCGAGAGCAUCUCCGGGGACGAGUGCCGCCGGGCCGCGGCCAUGCGACCCCGCUCGCGCAGCCUCAGCCCUGGAAGAUCGCCAUCGUGUUACGACCACGAGAUUAUCAUGAUGAAUCACGUGUACAAGGAGCGCUUUCCUAAGGCCACGGCUCAGAUGGAGGAGAGGAUCCAGGACAUCAUCCGCAGCAGCUCUCCAGAGAGCGUCCUCCCUCUGGCGGACGGCGUGCUCGGCUUCGCCCACCACCAGAUCAUCGAACUGGCCCGCGACUGUCUGGAGAAGAGCCGGCUCGGACUCAUCACCUCCAGCUACUUCUGCGAGCUCACCGACAAGCUGGAGAGGCUCGUCCAGGAGUCGACGGAGAGAUCGGACAGCGAGGAGGUCAACUUCAUCCGAGAGCUGGUGAAGAAGAUCCUCAUCGUCAUAGCGCGACCCGCUCGACUGCUGGAGUGUCUGGAGUUUGACCCGGAAGAGUUUUACCACCUCCUGGAGGCGGCUGAAGGACACGCUAAAGAGGGUCAGGGCAUCAAAACGGACAUCCCUCGUUACAUCAUCAGCCAGCUGGGACUCACCAGGGAUCCUCUGGAAGAAAUCGCUCAGCUGACCAGCUGUGACAGCGGGAUCGCAGAAACCCCAGAAACCGAUGACUCUUCUCACAGCCUCAGCACGGCUCUGCGGUGCCGACGUAAACCCUGUGAACUGGACUUUGAGAUGACAAAACUCAUCAGUAACGGCGCCUACGGGGCCGUUUAUCUGGUGCGACACAAAGAGACCAAGCAGCGGUUCGCCAUGAAGAAGAUCAACAAGCAGAACCUGAUUCUGAGGAAUCAGAUCCAGCAGGCCUUUGUGGAGAGAGACAUCCUCACCUUCGCAGAGAACCCCUUUGUGGUGUCCAUGUACUGCUCCUUUGAGACCCGGCGACACCUGUGCAUGGUCAUGGAGUACGUUGAAGGUGGAGACUGUGCCACCCUUUUGAAGAACAUGGGACCCCUCCCUGUGGAUAUGGCCAGGAUGUACUUUGCAGAGACGGUGCUGGCUCUGGAGUAUCUGCACAACUACGGCAUCGUCCACAGGGACCUCAAACCGGACAAUCUGCUGGUUACAUCAAUGGGACACAUAAAGCUGACAGAUUUCGGGUUGUCCAAAGUCGGCCUGAUGAACAUGACCACCAACCUGUACGAGGGACACAUCGAGAAAGACGCCAGGGAGUUCUCCGAUAAGCAGGUGUGUGGAACGCCAGAGUACAUCGCCCCAGAGGUGAUCCUGAGACAAGGCUACGGGAAGCCGGUGGACUGGUGGGCGAUGGGCAUCAUCCUCUACGAGUUCCUCGUAGGCUGCGUGCCUUUUUUCGGAGACACACCGGAGGAGCUGUUUGGACAGGCCAUCAGCGAUGAGAUCAACUGGCCUGAAGGAGAGGACGCCCCUCCUCUGGACUCUCAGGAGCUCAUCACCCUGCUCCUCAGACAGAAUCCCCUGGAGAGGAUGGGCACAGGAGGAGCUGCUGAAGUCAAGCAGCAUCAGUUUUUCCACAACCUGGACUGGAACAGCCUGCUGAGGCAGAAGGCCGAGUUCAUCCCUCAGCUCGAGUCUGAAGACGACACCAGCUACUUCGACACUCGCUCAGAGAGAUACCAUCACCUGGAGACGGAGGAAGAGGACACAAACGAUGAAGACUUCAACGUGGAGCUGCGGCAGUUCUCCUCGUGCUCUCACAGAUUCUCAAAGGUGUACAGCAGUCUGGAUUUGUCUCGUGGGCACCUGGAGGAGAAAGGAGAGACGGAGGGGAAGAAGAGCGAGAGCCCGCUGACGGUCGACUCUCUCAGCUGGACGCCAGACUUCCCUGAAAUGCCGUCUCUGUCCCACUCCACAGACACAGACGGCGUGAAUCAGGGCCCUCGCCCCAACUUGUUGCCAAAGUUUGCCAUCUCGGCAGAGAGCGAAGGAGACGAGACCUCAGGCCUCGGCGACCCCACUAAGACCUCCUUCAGCAUGGCGGAGCUCCCGCGGGACGAGCCCGACGCCACCACUCCGGGCAGCACGCACAGCGGAGCCACGCUGUCCGGAAGUUUCUCUGAACAUCUGGACCAGCUGACGCCCCGAGGUGAAGGGUUGGAGAGCCCCGACUGCACCAGUCACACCUCCACAGACCACCUGAGUCACACCAGCUCCCUGCGGCCCGAGAGCGCCGCAGAGCGGAGCGGGGCCGUGCCCAAAGUCCCAAAGUCUAUCUCCACCGGGGCCCUGUCCCUCCUCAUCCCUGGAGAUAUCUUUGGGGUGUCUCCGCUGGCCAGCCCACUGUCUCCUUACUCCCUCUCCUCGGAUCCUUCCUCCAGAGAUUCCUCCCCCAGCAGGGAGUCGUCCUCGCUCUGCACCAACAACCCGCGGCAGCCCGUCGUCAUCCACAGCUCGGGGAAGAAGUUUGGCUUCACUCUGAGGGCGAUCAGGGUUUACGCCUGCGAGGGGGACGUCUACACCGUCUACCACAUGGUCUGGAAUGUGGAAGAAGGAGGACCUGCACACAAAGCGGGACUCAAAGCUGAAGACCUCAUCACUCAUGUGAACGGAGAACCGGUCCAUGGUCUGGUCCACACUGAGGUGGUGGAGCUGCUGCUCAAGAGUGGCAGCAAAGUGGCCAUCUCCACGACCCCGUUUGAAAACACUUCGAUAAAAACCGGCCCGGCUCGGAGGAACAGCUACAGGAGCAAGAUGGUCCGGUGUGCCAAAAAGCCCAAGAAGGAGAAAACACCCGAGAGGCGGCGCUCCCUCUUCAGGCGUUUCGCGAUGCAGCCGUCCCCCCUCCUGCACACCAGCCGAAGCUUCUCCUCCCUGAACCACUCGCUGUCCUCUGGUGAGAGUCUCCCCGGCUCCCCCACACACAGUCUCUCCCCUCGUUCCCCCACCGCCGCCGCCUUCCGCCCCGCUCCAGACUUCACCCAGUCAGGUGGUAACUCCUCCCAGAGCAGCUCCCCCAGCUCCAGCGCUCCCAACUCCCCCGCGGGCUCGGGUCACAUCCGGCCCUCCACCCUGCACGGACUCGGCCCCAAGCUGCCGGGUCAGCGGCUCCGCCAGGGGCGCCGCAAGUCCGCCGGCAGCAUCCCCCUCUCCCCUCUGGCUCGCACGCCCUCUCCGACCCCGCAGCCCACAUCCCCUCAGCGCUCCCCCUCCCCCCUCCUCGGCGGACACUCCGUCUCCAUUUCCAAGACCGCGCAAUCCUUCCCCGCCAAGAUCCACUCCCCGCCCACGAUCGUGCGGCACAUAGUGCGCCCGAAAAGCGCCGAGCCCCCCCGCUCGCCCCUCCUGAAGCGGGUCCAGUCGGAGGAGAAGCUGUCCCCGUCCUACGGCGGCGAUAAGAAGCACCUGUGUCCCAGGAAGCACAGCCUGGAGGUGACGCAGGAGGAGGCGCAGGACGAGGAUUACGGCGUCCUGCAGAGCGUGGACGAAGCGGCCUGCGAGCCGCCGCCCCCGACGGCGAGCAACCGCGUCCGACCCGUGGAGCAGGGCUGCCUGAAGAGGCCCGUCACUCGUAAAGUGGGCCGGCAGGAGUCGGUGGAGGAUCUCGAUAAAGAGAAGCUGAAGGCCAAAGUCGUCGUCAAGAGGCAGGAUUGGUCGGAGAGGAGGGAGUCGCUUCAGAAACAGGACGCCAUGCGGGAAGCAGAGUCCUCCACCUCCGCCGUGUGUGGCGGCGAGGAGCGGGAUGAAGGUUUUCCGGGCAGGGGGUUGAACAGAAGCAGCUCGGACUCCGGUCCUCUGGAGGGUAAAGCGGCCGGCAGCGCCCUCAAAGAGGUUCUGUACAAAAAACUCUCCACGCGCGCCUCCGAGGGGAUCGCCGACUCGUGCGACCGCUGCGAGGGCGAAGGCGGGCUCAGGUCGACCCUCUGCUCCAUCCACCCGGACUGGCAGCACGCCAGAGCGGCGAGCAAAGACAACGUGAAACCCGACCGGCUGGACUUCAAAGCGCCGACCAUCGAGUUCACCAGGAAGCGUCUCUCCUUCGAGGAGCGCGACGACUGCAUGUGCCGCUGCGCCUCCAGCGUCCACGAGAACCUCCACUUCUUCGGCUCCACGCGCUCCAAAAGCCUCCAGCUGGACGCGGCGCUGUCCCACGACCUCGCGAAGGCGGCGCUCGGAGGCGUUCACUCCUCCUCCGGCCCAGAGGGUCUGACCCAGAAGCUGUUACUCGCCGGCCGAGGGGAGAGCGCCGUGGAGAAGCUGCAGCUCAUCUCGUCAUCGGCGGAGUCGCCUCUGCGGAAAACGGCGUCUGACUACAAACUGGAAGGGCGCCACGUGUCCUCUCUGAGACCGCUGGAGGGCACGCUGGACAUCGGCCUCCUCUCGGGACCCCCCAGAGCGUCCAAAACGGAGACGUGCUUAUCCAAGAUGGCCGACAAUGCAAGCGAAACGGUUUCUCUGAGUCCUCAGAUUUGGCUCCAGACCCCCACGGAGAGGCAGAUCACCAUCCAUCUGAAAUGUUCAGACAAACCCAAGAGCCCGCUCGCUUGCUCCCCGAUCUCCGAGGCCGUUUCCUCCUUACAGAGCAUCGUCGCCUCCAAAGAUCUGUCGCACGCCACGCCCGCAGACGUGAAAAUCAUCACGAGCGGCGAGAAAACACAAGACAGACAAAACGACUCGUUGAAGGCGCCCAGCGGCAAAGCGGAGAGCGCGUCAUCGUUUGCAGCCAAACAGGAGAGCAGGACCGCUUUGAAGGCCGGUUCCUCGCUGGCUCACGAGCACAGGGCGCCUCGACACAGCUCGCACUUCUCCUGCGGGAACACGCCGUCCAUACGGGAGGUGAGCAACGAGGAUCAGGAGGACGAGGAAGUGACAGCGAACGCUUCAUCACAGAGCAAAGACGGCGUUAAGACACAAGCAGGAAACAUAAAACCUGCAAAGAGUCCGGCUGCAGCUGCCAGCUCUGAACUGUUACCUGCACGGAGCAUGGACGGCGGUUUGGACGCAGGUCGACAUCAGAGCACGGAGAGUAAAAAAACGGAGAGCUCAAACAUGACCUCUGCGUCUGAGGCGGCCGUGCAGAACAUCCCUGAACGCGCUCCAGAGAGCGUGCUGUCAAAACAGCAGCCGCUCAACAUCUGCUCGUCGAAUACAGAACCACAUUUUCCUAUCACAACAUCGACAUCUGCUUCUGCGCUGGGAGGGAAGACGUGCGGUUCAGGAGUUAAAAGCGAGGACAGCCUUGAAAAUGUGCAAGAUAACAGAUCAGCUGUGGAAGAAACAGGAAGUCACAAAAGUGUGGCAAAAGUUCAGCUCGCCCCAAAAGUGGAGCAGAAAAAGGAGGCGUCCACAGCACAUAUAGUCUCCUUCUUUAACAAUGUUUCAUCAGGUGUCGAUAAAAAGGAUAAAACUGUGUCUGUCAGUGCAAUAGAGAGCAGUAGCGUCGCUCUGCAGAAGAAAGAAGAUCAACCAAAGACGAGGAAUGUAAAAGAUUCAGAGCAAAACUGUCCGGCUGAAAAAGCACAAAACAAAUCGUCCGAUCCAGACUUUUGCACCUCUAAGAAAGACGAGCCUGUCAUCGGUGGGGUCCCUGCAGCUAAACAGAAAUGUUCAGAGAAUGCUUUGAGUCCCAGGAGUAAGCCGAGGCCCGACGCACAACAACCUGUAGCAAACAGCGCUGUGAAGACGGAGAGGGAGGUUAAAAGCUCUCCGCUCGCAGCGCCCAAACUCCAAAGUGUGAAUUCAAAACUGUGGAAAGAAUCGGCGCCCUCAAAUCCAAACAUUCAGCGAAAAGACGCCCCGUUGCCGUCCAGCGAGGUCAAGGUGAAGCGGGAGGAAGCGCUGCCGUCGGCUCCUUCUCUGAAAGAAACCCAGCCUAAAAGCUCUGUAGCCCCUUCAGCUCAAAAUAUCGACUCAAAACCAAAACUUUUCCCCGCUAAAACCGCCCCCUUGUCAAAUCUAAAGACUCCUGUAGCUCCAGCACCAGUCGUCAAACAAGUUCCUGAAACCAAACAGAAAGACCCCUCCCCCAAAAAGCAAACUCCCGUCGUUAAAAACCACCAAGACGCAAAAUUCAAACAUGUCGCCUCCCCUCUGACCGCACCUACACAGCUGUUGUCCAAUCACCCCCCGCUCCCUGAUCCACUUCCCCCCGUCCUGCCAAAACCUGCAGUGAAAAAAGAAACCACCUACAAGGGGGUAGGCAGGAUCUCCACCUGUGCCCCCCAGGAGACUUUAAACAAGGUGUCCAAGGAGGGCCAGAAGGACGUCGGCAAAGGUCCAGAAACCAGAACCAACACCACGCCCGACAAACAGCCGGCCUGCGGCAAGAAGGAGGAGAGGAAGAAAAGAGAAACGGUGCAAGAGGUCGCGUCCGUGCAGAAAAACACAAAAAGAGACGCGUCCCGAGCGGCAGCGCCCCCCGUGCAGAGAGACGGUUCAGACAAAGACUCGAGCAGGGGGAAGCAGCAGAAAGAGUCCCCGAGGAGCGCCGGCAACAAAAAAUGAAAAGAGGGGAAAUUUAAAAAAAAAAAAAAAAA